AAACUGUGCGCUCGUCCCCCAAAUCGCACUUCCAUUCCAUCCCAAAUCCGCGCCUUCUUCUCCUUCGAUCCAUCGUCAUCGGGUAGUAGUGGCAGCUCCUCUGGAACCUUGCACGUCGAUUCCCCACGAAGGACCUUUAAGAACGAGGUUCUUUUGGUUAGGUUUGUGAUUCAAGAGCUCCCAUUGUCUUUGUUCAUCACAUUCUACAUUGUGUCAGCACUCAGUGGCUUCCUUUAGACCCUCCUGAAAGGUUAGCAUUGCUGUUUCACAUAACUCGGUGAACAUUUCCAUGGCAUCAUUUUUUGCUGCUUAAUAAGAAAUAAAAGAGCAAUGGGAAGAAAGUUCUGUUUAGAGGAAGCUCAUAUUGUUUUAGAAUUAUAUAUUCAUUCUCAGGCUUUCUUUUUUUUUUUUUUUUUUCUUGAACGGAAUUCAUAGAAUUUUGAACUAUCAAAAGUUUAUUACCCUUUGAACAUAAAACAGUUGUAUUUGGUGAACUUAAUGAUGGUCAACGAUAGCAACCAUUCUGCUUUCAUUAUUAGAUUCCUUUGUGUGUCUGUUGGCAUUUUAUAUAGUAAAUAAGCAGUCCGUGAUACAAAAUUUGACCUCUUUGACAUAUUCUCCUUCACCGAUAGAUGUAGCAGAGAAAAGUCAAUAAGCCUUCAACUCUUAUUUGAGUCAAUUUGAGUUCCUGAUAAGAGUGACUGAAUGGCAUACCUUUCUUUUGUAUGAACUCUAUAGGUUUGCUUAUCUUCUCCCUCUUUUUUUUUUUUCUAAUUUUUUAAUUUAAAUCGGGAACAACCCGACAACCUUUUUAUCGGACGAACUCUUCGAGGGGUAUGAUUCGAAUCCUUGUUUUUGUUUCAUUCAUCUUUCCGUCGACAUGCUUGACAUGACAAGAGAUGGGCCUGAGAUAGCGUGUUCCGUCAUUUCCGCUGCUGUAGGCAAGCGCGAGCACUGGCCUUCUGAGCUAAACUAUAACACGGUGAGGUUCUCUUCGUUAUCCUUUCUAAUAGAUAUUUUCCUUCCAUUCGUCACUGUCAACGUUAUGUUGGUCGAAGUCCUUUCACCAGUAACAUUUUUAUUUCAGUGCCUUCCCCUACCAACAUAUUCUUGAACACGGGAUCUUUGACCCGUUCCAAGUUUCCAAGUUCUUCGGGUCCGCGUGGGGCUUCGAAAUGUCCAAAAAGCCCUCAAUCCUUGUGGACGGAGUGGGGUGUAAAUGUGAGGGCAUCUUCGUCUAUUGAACCUUAAUCUUCUGGAAACAUUCCGCGCACGCGCGCGUACUCGGCCCCCGCGGCUCUCCGGGAAAGAAAGCCCGUCCGUGUCGCUUCGAGAUACGUAGAAUCACAGAUCUCAAAGCACAAAUGACUUCAUGGCACUGCUGCUACGCGGGCGCGCUGUGUCGCGGUCCGCGUCUCGCCCGCGUCCAUGGGCAUUGCGGGCUCCUUUCACCGCGGUUAACUUGGACAUUUUAUGUUUUAUUUAGAAGGGCAUAUCCCGCUUUGGUGGGACAUGGCAAGUCGCGGUCUCCUUUCCUUUCUGUUUCUUUUAAAUUUGUCCGCGUCUUUGUUCCUUCCGAGGAAGGUUCAUAAAAGGCGCCUCUUCUCCUCUCUCCUACCCUCGAUCAUCGAAGGUUUCCAAGCAAGCCAACAAGCAAACGCUACCUCGACGAAGGUCUUCGGGGUAGUGUUUCGCUCCCUCCAGUCUCUUUCGUUUUCCUCUCAUUCCCGCCCCCACCUUGAAACAUCUCUUGCUCCGUAAGAAUGAAUUGAGUGGUUCGGUUCCACCGAUAAUGCCCGCUGCGGUCUACCAGGGCUUGUCCUCCUCCUUCUCGCCCUCCCUCGGCCGGUUCAUCCCAAGCGUCCGCGGCGACCAGAUCCACGCCAUUGACGCCCGCCACCACAUGGCCGCGGGCGCCGCCGCCGAGCAGCCGGAUCUGCUCGCCUUCCAGCGCUGCGUCGCUGACCACUUCCUCGACCUCUCCGCCGUCGACGCCGAUGGUCUUCUGUCCCUUUCCUGGCUUCGCAAGCUCCUCCACUCCUUCCUUGUGUGCCAUGAGGCAUUCCGGCCCCUCCUCCUAGACCGCUGGUCGCUCAUCGCUCGCCCACCCCUUGACCGUCUCGUCGCCGACUUCUCAGAUCGCACCGUCAAGGCCCUCGACAUCUGCAACGCAGCUCGGGAUGGCGUCGACCAGCUCCGCCGCUUGGGGACCCACCUCGAGAUCGUGGUAGCCGCGCUUGGCCCCGCCGCUGCUUCCUCCGCCCGCCACGGACACCGCGAGGGCCAGCUCCGCCGCGCCCGCAAGGCCCUCGCCGAACUCGCUGUCAUGCUCGACGACAGGGACUCCGGCUCGAUCCCCUCCCACCGCAACCGCUCCUUCGGCCGCAGCGGCAGCGGCAGCGCUGGCUCCUCUUCGUCCUCCUCGCCGAGCGGCAGCCGCCGUCUCUCCCACUUCCGCUCCCUCUCCUCCAGCGUGUCCCGCUCAUGGUCCUUAGUGCGGCAGCUGCAGGCCAUCGGGAGCAACAUGGCCGCACCUCGCGGCCACGAGGUCGAGGCCACCGCCGGACUCGCGGUGCCCAUCUACACGAUGAGCGCGGUGCUACUGUUUGCGAUGCGGUCCCUGGUGGCUGCGAUCCCAUGCCAUGAUCGCAGUAACCAGGCCCACUUUUCCAUUCCGCGGACCUUCCCGUGGGCAGCGCCUAUCAUCUCCAUUCAUGAGCGGAUCGUGGAGGAGUCCAAGAAGAAGGAACGGAGGAACUCAACCGGACUGCUGAAGGAAAUCCAACAGAUUGAGAGGUGCACGCACCAAUUGACGGAGCUGACACAGGCCAAUCAGUUCCCGAUGUCAGAGGAGAAGCAGGAGGAGCUGAGGCAGAGGGUGGAAGAGUUAGCACAGGUCUGUGUGGUCUUGAAGGAAGGACUUGGCCCGUUGGAACGCCAGGUGAGGGAGGUCUUCCUUCGGAUCAUGUGCAGCCGCAUUGACAGUUUCGAUCCCUUGUCUCAGACUAUGCAAUGAAAGCUCCCAUUUUUUGUCCUGUGGCAGAAACAACUAUCUGAUGUUAAUGAUAUGGGGUCAUUGUCAUUGCAAUUUGGAAUGAGAUUAGAGAAAAUAAUGAAGUGAAGUAGAUAAAGUGAAGGAAUUGAUAUAGAGCAAAUGAGUCUUCAUUCACACAAAUAAUCAGUCACCUGAGAUCAGUUCAAUCAAUGUAAUUGUUCAACUACUAUGAUUGUCGGCCAGACAGCAGCUAUGUCAUCUUCAGCAAGUUUUUUCAGCUUCAAGG